AUGGAAGAUGAUCCCCUGCAAGGAGCUCAUUUACAACUCAGUCAGGACAUCUCUGAUCUUGGAAUGAAGAAACACAACAGAAAUCAGUGGGCCAAAAAAGCAGAGUACUUCCUCUCUGUUGCUGGAGGUAUUGGCUAUGCCAAUGAGAUUGUUAGUUUUUACUCAAGUAUUUCAUACAUCAUCAUCUUAGCCUGGGCCUUUUUCUACCUUUUCCACUCGCUCAGCCAGGAGCUGCCUUGGGCCAUUUGCAGCAACACAUGGAAUACAGCAUCCUGCAAGGAGUUUAACAAGACAAAGCUUUUCACCAACUGGACGAAAGUGGACAAUGCAACCUCACCAGCACUGGAAUUCUGGGACAGGCGGGUGUUGAACAUCUCUAGAGGGAUUGACAAACUGGGCAGCGUGAACUGGGAAAUGGCACUGUGCCUUCUGCUCGCCUGGAUUAUCUGUUACUUCUGUAUCUGGAAGGGUGUGAAAUCUGCAGGAAAGGUGGUGUAUUUUACGGUCUCAUUCAUUUACAUUAUGCUGAUCAUCCUCUUGGUGCGAGGACUCACUCUCCCUGGGGCCAAGGAUGGCAUUAUUUACUACUUGUAUCCGGAGCCAUCUCGACUUGCAGACCCUCAGGUCUGGAUGGAAGCUGGAACUCAGAUUUUCUUCUCAUACACUCUCUGUCUUGGUGUCCUAACAGCACUCAGCAGUUGUAACAAGUACUCAAAUGACUGCUACAGGGAUUGCGUUUACUUGUGCCUACUGAACAGUGGCACAAGCUUCUUGGCUGGCUUUACUGUUUUUUCUACAUUGGGCUUCAUGGCAUAUGAACAAGGAGUGCCCAUUGAUGAAGUGGCAGAGUCCGGUCCAGGUCUCAUCUUCAUUGUGUACCCACAUGCUAUUUCUAUGAUGCCCGUCCCUCAGCUCUGGACAUUCUGCUUGUUUAUUAUGGUCAUACUUCUUGGAUUGGACACUCAGUUUCUUGGUGUUGAAAACAUCAUGAUAGCUGCCAAGGACAUGUUUCCUCAUUAUUUCCAAAAGGAAGGAAGGUUACAGGCUUUUCUGCUGGUUUUCUCAAUUUUUGGCUUCUUAGUUGGACUCCCAAUGGUUGCAGAGGGUGGGAUUUAUAUCUUCCAACUCAUUGACUACUAUGCCUGCAGUGGGACCUGUCUCCUGUUCAUCGCCAGCUUCCAGUGCAUUUGCAUCGGCUGGGUAUAUGGUGCUGAUCGCUUCUAUGACAACAUGGAAGACAUGAUAGGCUAUCGGCCUGGACCCUUCAUUAAAUACUGCUGGACUUUCUUCACGCCUGUUAUUUGUAUUGGUACGUUUAUUUUUUCCCUGGUAGAUUACACCCCAUUAAAAUAUAACAACACAUAUGAAUAUCCAGAAUGGGGAUACGCCCUGGGUUGGCUCAUCUCAUUGUCCUCUAUUAUUCCCAUGCCACUUUGGAUGCUUUUCAAAUUACUCCGGGCAAAAGGAACACUGUGUGAGCGGUUCCACUUACUCUGCCAAUCUAAAAUUCAACCAAGAAAAUGUAAAAUGCUUGUGAAGUUAGACCCAACGGUGCAAAGAGAUGGACAAGAACAAAGAACACCCAAUAAUCAGGGGGAAGUAAAACCAAAAAGGUAUUAUUUUAUUUCAUCUAUUUUCCUAACACACAGUCAUGGGGAAGCUGCUGUCUACCCUGGUAAUCAAUGAAUGCACGGCAGGAACAUCUCCCAGAGGGAGUGCCAACUCACUGCAGGUUUAACUCUUGCCAUUAUAAAUUUUAUAUAAUUAAGCUUGGCAUCCAGAAAAAUCCAAGAAUUUCAAAUGGUUGCAGAAAAUGGAACACUGUACUGAAAGUUGAAAGGGUUAACAUUA